AGAACUCCCUAACUGCAUAACAGAUUUUCGCGCCAAUUCCCCACAUUUCCGUAGAGCGAGCGAGCGAGCGAAACAGAGAGUCGUUUCCAUGGAGGCAACAACCGUCGACGUCGUAGCUGAGAUCCCCAAGGCGGAGCAAGGAAGCGGAGCCAAGAACUCCCACACCAGCACCGCCGAAAGCGGUGGCAAGAAGCCACUCGUUGUUGCUGUUGUAGCCGCUGCCGCCGAUGCUGAUGGCAGUACUUCCGCCGGUUCUUCUCCGACUUCGGUUCUGCCGUCCCAGAGGAAGAAGAAUAGGGUUCAGGUCUCCAAUAACAAGAAGCCCUUCGUCUUCUAUCUCAAUAUUGCCAAGAAGUACCUGAAGCUGUACAAUGAUGUUGAACUUUCUGCUCUGGGCAUGGCUAUUCCUACUGUUGUUACCAUUGCUGAGAUUCUGAAACGAAAUGGACAGGCAACUGAGAAAAGAAUCACGAUUUCUACAAUAAUCAGCCCCAAGGAAAAUGAGAUGGGUCGCCAGAUUGAGAAAGCAAAGAUUGAGAUUGUGCUGGAAAAGGUUGAGAAAUUUGACAAGACCAGCAGUGUUGAUGUUGCCACAGUCCUGAAGGAUUCUGAUAAAGGGGCUAGUUCUGCAGCUUGAUUGACCGCAGCAAUGACACUGAGAUCUGAUUUCUGCAGCGUGAUGUUUGCUUGUUUUCGACUUGACAAUUCAGUAGAUACCUAUGUAGAUACCAUAAUUGAUACACAAAAUAGAUAGACUAGUUGUUGGAACUGCUGUUAGCAUGAUUAUGCUGCAGAUAGGAACAGCUUAGUGGGAGCAGAUCUAGCCGAACCUUCCUCUACAUUUCUGUGUCUUUACCAUUUUGAAGUAUGUUGUUCCUCUCUCCAACUAUUUGUUGAGAGGAUGAUGUAGACAUGUAGCCUUUCGUUUUUUUUGUCCAGUAAAAUGAAUGCAUUUUU